GUGAAGCAUAUUCAUAUGCAAUCACAAAGCCUCUUUGAUGAACCCAAGUAUCUAACCAAAGAGGUCAAGGCCCUCAGGAUGGUAGCCAAGCUUUUGAAUAAUUGGCAAGUCAAUCUUGUCAUAGUCAGCUUUGCCUGACUUCGGAUUUGAAUUACACUUAGAUCUAAUAUGCCAAUAUCCGAGUCAAUAACAUCUCUCUAUCUUCGAGCUCGACUUUGGUUGGGCAAAAAGCGCUAUGGCACCUUCACGCCGAAGGUAGUAAGAGUGAGCUCCACGCGAUUAAUCAAAGGACCAUGUUUCCCCGCCGAACUAGAAGGUCUACGAUACGUCGCGCAACACACCACCAUCCCCAUCCCAAAAGUCCACCGCACAUACCCAGCCAGCGAGGGACGCAUCUACAUCGAAAUGGACUACAUCAAAGGCGACACUCUCCAAGAAAUAUGGCGUAACCCCAACUUCACAUCCCCAAACAAACAAGCAGUGAUCCAAGAAAUUGCUAGCUACAUCGAUCAACUCCGAAAACUCACACCACCAGAGGAAGGUAUUGUAGCUUCCGCAGAACUAGGAGAAUGUUACGACAUCCGAGUGGGAAGCUGGCUCUUCGGGCCAUUCAAAUCCAUAGACGAAUUUCAUGAGUUCCUGCGCGGGACGAUUCCCAUAGAAGAUACUACGAAAGUAUACGGCGAAGCUGUCACGAAGUGUCAUGAACGAUCUGGAUCAGAAUCAUACUAUCGGACGUGUUUCACACAUGCAGAUAUCGCUAAGAGGAAUAUCAUCAUUCGUGAUGGGAAGGUGGCUGGGAUCGUUGAUUGGCAGUUUUCCGGGUGGUUUCCGGAGUAUUGGGAGUAUACGAAGGCGUUUUAUACGCUUUAUGAUGUUCCGGAUUGGUAUGGUGGGUUGAAGAAGGUGAUGAGGAGGUAUGAUGAUGAACUAAAGGCGGAGAGGGUGCUUUGGGAAAGGUUUGAUCAGCCGGGGGAUCUUCUUAGAACUCGGUAUUAUGGUGGUAGAAAUGAUGGUGGAAUGUAUAGUUUAAGCGGGGGCCACACCCCCGACCGGUCAACGGAGCAGACCAGUGCGGUAACUUACUUAACAGCAGAGUGA